UUAAUCUAUCACGUGUCAGCCAUAAAAGCCUGUAGCCACGCGCUGACUUGUAUACAGGCCAGCCCUAAAUUGUUCCCCCCACUCACAAAUCCUCUGCAACUGCAAGUGUUAUUUCCUUUUCUUUUUUAGCAUUUUCCGUUUUCCUAAUAUUAUUUUCCUUCAGGAGAGAGAAACCCAGGCGAAGAGGAAAACUAGAGAGAGAAUAUAAAUAUUCGUUAAAAGAGUAUGACUAUUACACCUUUUGCAAUUUGGAUCUGCCUCUGAAAGGUUAUAACCUCAGCAAUAUCAUAGCAGAAGGUGCUUCUUGAGUUGUUAUUCGUUUUGGGCACACAUAUAGAUGGCAGAAGGACUAUCAAGCUUUUGGGGUCCUGUAACAACUGCAGAAUGGUGUGAGAAAAAUUAUGUCUAUUCUCCUUAUAUUGCAGAGUUUUUCAAUACGAUAUCUAACGUCCCAAGCAUUCUUUUGGCAUUUAUUGGCCUGAUAAAUGCUCUGAGACAACGGUUUGAGAAGAGGUUUAGCAUACUUCACAUAUCUAAUAUGAUACUUGCCAUUGGAAGCAUGCUUUACCACUCCUCACUACAACGCGUGCAACAACAAGGUGAUGAAACCCCAAUGGUGUGGGAAAUGCUUUUGUAUCUCUAUAUUCUUUAUUCACCAGAUUGGCACUAUAGGAGUACAAUGCCCACCUUCCUGUUUCUCUAUGGUGCUGCAUUUGCUGUCUUCCAUGCAUUGGUUCGUUUUGGAAUUGGUUUUAAGGUGCACUAUGCAAUACUUUGUCUUCUCUGCACACCUCGGAUGUACAAAUACUACAUCUACACUGAGAAUGGGUCUGCAAAGCGGCUUGCAAAAUUAUUCGUGGCUACCAUAUUCUUGGGGACUAUUUGUUGGCUGUUUGAUCGCAUUUUCUGCAAUAAAAUUUCUAAGUGGCACUUCAACCCGCAAGGACAUGCUUUGUGGCAUGUUUUGAUGGGCUUCAAUUCAUAUUAUGCAAACACAUUCCUGAUGUUUUGUCGUGCUCAGCAAUUAGGAUGGAAUCCUAAAGUCGUUCACUUCCUGGGGUGGCUCCCAUAUAUUAAGGUUCAAAAACCAAAGACCCAGUGAGAAAUGCAGGGAAGCAAGUGGCGUCCGUUUGACACUCUUAAAUUUGGAGGUAGAUAUAUGGUUUUGCCCGAUGAACAAACAAUAGAAGUCAAAUUUUUCCUUAUCUUCUUUGAAGUGGAUGUAAAUGAUAGUUGAAUAUUGCAAUCGGCAGUUGCAUUUUGGUUAAUUGAAGUUGUAUAACAAGUGGUUUUGCUUAGAAAGAUGUAUGGUCAGUGUACCAUAUAUUAUUUCCAGAUUAAAUAGGUCCUUGAUUCUUCUGCAAAUCUGAACAUGUAAAUUCAUCUUGUUGUUACCUACGCAUUUUUAGAUUUCUUAAAUACAAGAGUUCUAUUACAAGGUUCUGCUCA